GGAAGGGGCGGGGGCGCUGCCGCACAAUGGGGGGAUUGUCCCCCAUGGCCCCACCCGGGUGUCACUGUCCCCCGUCCGAUGUCCCCCGCCUCCCGCUGUCCCUGUCCCCACACUGUCCCCAGCGUGUCCCUGUCCCCUCCCCGCACUGCUCUCCCGCUGUCCCCAUGUCCCCGCUGUCCCCGUCCCACCGCUGUCCCCAUGGUCCUGUUGCCUCUGUCCCCUCUCCGUCGCCAUGUCUGCAGUGUCCCUGUCCCCUCCCGGCCCCCCGUGCCCGCGGUGACCCCCUGUGACACCCCCCGUGACACCCCCUGUCCCCCCCAGCAGAUCCUGAGCACGGUGGAGGCCCAGGCUCCCAGCGCCGCGGGGCCAUCGGGCUGCGGCCCUGUCCCUGUCCCCGUGCCGGUGGUGGCCGUGCCAGGCCCGGGGGUGGCGGCGGCGCUGCCCAACGGGGCCCCCCCGGGUCCCCCCCCCGUGGCCGACGACAGCAAAACCAACCUGAUCGUCAACUACCUGCCGCAGUCCAUGAGCCAGGAGGAGCUGCGGAGCCUCUUCGGCAGCCUCGGGGACAUCGAGUCCUGCAAGCUCGUCCGGGACAAGGUCACCGGGCAAAGCCUGGGCUACGGCUUCGUCAACUACGUGGAGGCCGGCGACGCCGACAGGGCCAUCGGGGCCCUCAACGGCCUCAAGCUGCAGACCAAGACCAUCAAGGUGUCCUACGCCCGGCCCAGCUCCGCCUCCAUCCGCGAUGCCAACCUGUACGUGAGCGGCCUGCCCAAGGCCAUGGGGCAGAAGGAGAUGGAGCAGCUCUUCUCCCAGUACGGCCGCAUCAUCACCUCCCGCAUCCUCGUGGACCAGGUCACAGGUGUGUCCCGGGGGGUGGGCUUCAUCCGCUUCGACAAGCGCGUGGAGGCCGAGGAGGCCGUGCGGGGGCUGCACGGGCAGAAGCCCCUCGGGGCCGCUGAGCCCAUCACGGUCAAGUUCGCCAACACCCCCGGGCAGAAAUCGGGGGGGGCCCUGCUGAGCCUCUGCCCCGGCGCCCGGCGCUAUGGGGCCCUGCACCCCCCCCCACAGCGCUUCCGGCUCGACAAUUUGCUGAACGUGGCAUACGGGGUGAAGAGCCCGCUGUCGCUGCUGCCCAGGUUCUCGCCGUUGGCCAUCGAGGCGGUGCCGGCGCUGGCCGGGGUGGGCCUGGGGACCCCCGGGCCGGGCUGGUGCAUCUUCGUCUACAACCUGGCUCCCGAGGCGGACGAGAGCGUCCUGUGGCAGCUCUUCGGGCCCUUCGGCGCCGUCACCAACGUCAAGGUCAUCCGCGACUUCGCCACCAACAAGUGCAAAGGCUUCGGCUUCGUCACCAUGACCAACUACGAGGAGGCGGCCAUGGCCAUCGCCAGCCUCAACGGCUACCGCCUGGGCGACCGCGUGCUCCAGGUGUCCUUCAAGACCACCAAGCAGCACAAGGCCUGAGCCGUGUCCCCGCUGGCGGCCGCCCAGAGGCUGCGGGGGUCUCCUGUCGCCGCCGUCGGGGCGUGGGGACCACCCCCCCCCACCGUGAGCGCCGUGGAGAAAUUCAGCUGGAGGUCUUGGGGACCCCCCUUCCCCUGGAGACCACGGAGAAAGCCAGCUGGAGACCUCGGGGACCUUCAGGGACCCCCCCGCCAUGAGCACCAUGGAGAAACUCAGCUGGAGACCUCGGGGACCCCCCCCCAUGAGCACCAAACACAUCCUGGAGACCUCAGGGUCCCCACCAUGAGCACCAUGGAGACCAUGGAGAAACCCAAGCGGAGACCUCGGGGACCUUCAGGGACCUUCAGGGACCCCCCCAUGGGCACUAUGGAGACCAUGGAGAAACCCUCAUGAAGACCCGGAGACCUCGGGGUCCCCCCAUGGGCACCACGGAGACCAUG